UACAAUUUAGGACUUUAGAUGUUAGUAUAUUUCCUGUCGGGGGCCCCAUGUUCCCAAUAAAUGACAUUGAUUUACAUAUAUGCGUCGAGCUGAUUUCGCCUUACUUAAGAAGCGGAUAUAAUUUCAUCAGAACUACAAUACAAUGUAAGAGUAUGAGACAAGCUCUCAUAAUAUUUACAGUAGUUGGGUAUAUAUUACCUGUACAUCAGACAAGGUAUUAGAAGAGUUACUGUGCGUAAGUUCAGCGGGCAAGACCUUACACGACCUACAGCAGCCAAUAGUUCAGAAGACUUACUGUACGUAAGACGUAUCUGAAGCUACUGUGACUGUUGACGACUUGGAGUACCUCUAUAGUAGCGCUCAUCGAGAAUGGCCGCGAACAAAGGAAAAUGGUUAGCAGAGAUCCUCCAGGAAUAUUCUACCCAAAAAUACUUCAUAGAGUAUCAAGGAUUUAAGUCUAAUCACAUGGCACAUGGAAUUGUUGCUUUGAAUGAACUUGGAGCGUCUCAGACUAAGAUUGGUGAGUUCGCUAAAUGGUGCACAAAGCUCUUGGAGCCACCGGAACACCCUGACCAUACAGGUGAGGACCCAGACACUCCUCCUGUCAGUGACCAAACAUUACCAGAUCUUCUUGGGAAGAGGAAGUCCUACUACGGAAUACGAAAUAAUUACAUCAGCAAGUUGAACACCUGUGGAUCCUUGGAAGAUGUCAUUAAAGCUGAAUUUCCCAAACUAAGCCGAGGUUUGGGCUGUGUAGCAAUGCAUGGUCUGAUUCAGCUGGGAUAUGGCUUCCAUGCUGGACAUGGGACCGUGGUGUCUGAAGGGUUGGCAUACAUGCACCACUCGUAUCAACCAAUCAUAUUUGACGAAACAAAAGCAGAAAGCGAUAUCGAGAACUUCGGCAAAGGUGACACGGAUGUACUGGAUAUUCUAAGUGAAAUGAAAGCCGAUUCCUCCCUUCGCCAACAUAUGUUGGAUGGUGCUUUGGUGAACAAAAAACUUGGCAAAUACUUAGGAGAUGGUUUUUCGAACAGAUUCGUUUUCCUGACAAAUAAUUCUGGAGACAUCUUACUUCAGUAUGCUAAUCGAAUCAACAUUCCGUUCACAAGAGAUGGCAUAACGGAAACCGAAUUCCUUAUCAACCUUUCUGAUUGGUUGACUGAUCAAGCUAUUGCCGUAUACGCCAUGUCCGAAAGGCAAAACGAUUUCUUUUUAUUACAUGGCGUAACGUCCGCUUGGUCCCUCCGGCAGAUCAUCCCGUACCUGUGUCCCAAAGACGCCAUGGACGCUAUGAGAACAUUCGCCUGUGAUCUUAUGGCCGUCUAUCUAACCGUAGACGCCCCUGCGCUGACGAAGGCCAUAACCACUGAUGCCGGAAGUGUCACUGACGAGACAUGGCGGGAAAUCGUGGAUACCUUACUAACACAGGAACUUGAUCCGCACGAGGAGCACUUACUGAAAUUGGUUCAUGUCUGUCUGGCCCAGUGGAAAAACAACAAACUCUCGAGCAAAGCUGGUUUCUAUGUAGAUGCGGCAAAAUCAUGUCUGAUCCACAAAAUGUCUUUCUGUACAUAUGAAGAAUAGAGAGGAAAACAGACUAAAUAAUGAUUUGCCUUACUUUUGUCAGAUCAUUUAUAAUUACCGGUAUUAGUUCCUACAUGUAUUCAUUUUGGCAUGCUUUGUAAAUAUAUCAACAGUGUGAAUGUCUGUGUAAUAAUUCAGUUAAACAAAAUAGCAUAAUUCUGUUAAUGCAGAACAUUGUAUUAAGAAUGUAAGACUCUAAAUAGUCAACCCUUAACAUCAAAUGUAUACCCAUCAUCAAAACCAAAGAAAAUGCAAAGAAAAAAUAUGACAUCUAGAUUACCACUGACAGUAUUAAAACUAUUACUUCUACAUGGCUAUCACGAAACAUUUCGUUUAGAGUCAUACCUCUAAGAUUUGGUAUAAAAGUUCGUUUAACGGUCGAGCUGGUCGUUAUGGUGGUAUAACGCACAUCUAAUCCAUUUUAUCAGGUGUGCGAUAUGGAUCCUUUAUAUUAUUCAAGUCUCAAUAAUCUGGUAAUUUCGACUUUUUAUCAUCUGUCUACAAAUAUGAACUGUGUUGGUACAGAGGAUAUAUGCACAUUAAUACAUGUAUAUUAACUAGUUACAUUGUUAUAUCACAUUAAUAUAUAUUAACCAGUUACAUUGCUAUAUGCACAUUGAUAUAUUAACCAGUUACAUUGUUAUACCAC